AUGCUGCGAACCGGUGCAAGAUGGCGCUUGAUGAGACCAUUGAUCAGGUCUCCUAAGUCAACAUCGUCUCCGUCUCACAAACUGGGUCAAAUCUCAAAACAACCUACCACCAUAUUACUCGCCAAACGCCCAUUCACUCAGGUGCGCCUUCGCAAUUAUCAGGAGGAGUGUAUACAAGCCGUAUUAUCCUCAUUGAAACAUGGACACAAACGUCUGGGCAUUUCGCUCGCCACUGGGGCAGGCAAGACGGUUAUCUUUACGCAACUGAUUGACCGUAUCACGCCUGCCUCCCACCAUGCGACCCAGACGCUGAUCCUGGCGCACCGGCGAGAGCUGGUUGAGCAAGCUGCUCGGCACUGCACAAAUGCCUAUCCCGGCAAGACGGUUGACAUCGAGAUGGGCAACAUCCACGCUUCCGGCACUGCCGACAUCACCAUCGCCAGUGUGCAGAGCAUCACUUCCGGCGACAGGAUGAGCAAGUUCGACCCCAAACGGUUCAAGCUGGUUCUCGUGGACGAAGCUCAUCACAUCGUGGCCCCAGGGUAUCUGAAGACCCUUGAGCACUUUGGUCUCGACCAGAAAAGGGAAGAUUCGCCGGCUCUGAUUGGCGUGUCCGCUACUUUUUCCCGCUUUGAUGGACUGCGUCUAGGGGCCGCCAUUGAUGAGAUUGUCUAUCAUAAAGACUACGUCGACAUGAUUGGCGAGAAGUGGCUUUCGGACGUCAUCUUCACCACCGUUGAGUCCACGGCAGAUAUCUCAAGAGUCCGAAGUGGAGCCAAUGGUGACUUUCAACCCGGCGAGCUGUCACGGGUAGUCAAUACAGACCAGAUCAACGAGAUCACUGUCCGCAGCUGGCUCGCCAGAGCAGACGGGCGCAAGUCGACUCUCGUUUUCUGUGUUGAUCUCGCCCAUGUCGCUGGACUGACACAGACCUUUCGGAAACACGGCAUCGAUGCGAGAUUUGUCACGGGCGACACUCCAAAGGUAGAAAGAAGCGAACGUCUCGAGGCUUUCAAGGCUGGCGAGUUCCCUGUUCUAGUAAACUGCGGUGUGUUCACUGAAGGGACGGACAUUCCCAACAUAGAUUGCGUAAUCUUAGCCAGGCCGACUCGCUCUCGCAAUCUGCUGGUGCAAAUGAUCGGACGCGGCAUGAGGCUACACAAGGGCAAGACAAACUGCCACAUCAUCGACAUGGUCUCUAGUCUGGAGACGGGCAUCGUCACUACGCCGACACUUUUUGGUCUUGACCCCUCCGAACUAGUGGCUGACGCUUCCGUCGAUGACAUGGCGGCUCUAAAGGAUCGGAAGAAGGCUGAAGAACAGCGGUCAGCAACAGCAUACAAAGAAACGCCAACGCAGGCUAGCGACGGCGGUCUUGCUCGCAGUAUCACUUUUACCGAGUAUGACUCUGUAUUCGAUCUGAUAUCAGAUACCUCUGGGGAAAAGCACAUCCGUUCGAUCAGCCAACAUGCUUGGGUGGAGGUCGGCCCUCACAAGUACAUACUGUCAAGCCCCUCUGGGACCUACCUCCGACUUGAAAGGGAUGAUGUUGCUGAAGAGGAGGAGCGAAUGUUUGCUGCAUGGGAAAUCAGAACCCUGCCUCCUGGGACAGCCUCCAAGUCACCCUUCGCAGCUCCACGACGACUGCUCAAAGCUUCCACGUUUGCAGACGCCGUCCACGGUGCCGACAAAUACGCAGCAGAGAAGUUCCCGCACCAAUUCAUUUCCAGAAGAAUGGGCUGGCGUAACGGUCCCGCCACCGAGGGCCAGCUGAAGUUCUUGAACAAACUGCGCGCCAAGGACAAUCAGUUGUCGCCGACGUCAAUCACAAUGGGCAAGGCCUCAGACAUGAUCACAAAGGUGAAGCACGGUGCACGAGGACGCUUCGCAUCGAUUGGCGUAGAUCGGCGACGAAAAGAGCGGCAGGCCACCUUGUUAACACAGGAAAAGGAGAGGAAGCUCAGGGAGAAAGUAUCUGUGGGGCCUUUGAUGGCGUAA